AGACGAGCCCCCAAACUACUAGUGCUCGAGCAGCCCAAGUCCACGUAUUGGUGCACACGACUAGUGAUCAAGGCGCUUGAUUUGUCCCCACCAGUUCUAGUAUAAAAGUCCACGAGUCCAUCAUUGGGGACAUCAUUUUGUCUGCAUCUGUUGGUUAUCAUAGCAUGGUACUAGCGCACAUCAUCAACCCCUUCUAUUUAGAUAUAUCCCAUAAAAGCGCCAUCAGUGCGCAUAUUUACGUUCUGUUCGACGACUUUAGGGAAGGAGCCUUUCCAAUUUAACUAGAACCAUUUAAUAAAUUUACAUUCCAUAAAGAUGUCGCAAAUUUCUAAAGUGCCGCAAAAAACUGCCGUGGUGAAUGAAAGCCCGCUGUACGUCAAGCUGCUGACCGCAGGCACAGCAGCAUGCGUAGCCGAUUUCAUCACUUUCCCGCUUGACACUGCCAAGGUCCGCCUGCAGGUUCAAGGCGAGGGACGUGCUCUGAUUUCUACUGCUCUGGCCACAAGCGGAGAGGCGGCCGUGGUGAUGCCAGGCGCAGCCGCAGGACCCCAGUACCGGGGUCUUGUUGGUACAAUCGUGACAAUGGCGCGCCAAGAAGGCGCCAGGAGUCUCUACAAUGGACUUUCCGCUGGUCUGCAGCGGCAGAUGUGCUUUGCCUCCGUUCGCUUGGGCCUCUAUGACACAACCAAAGCUUUUUACCAGCAGAUCUUGGAUGGAGGCAACCCGAAGGUCGCUGGCUCCAUUCACGUUGGAACCCGCAUUGCCGCUGGCUUCACCACGGGCGCCCUUGCCGUCCUGUUUGCCCAACCCACAGACGUGGUCAAAGUUAGAUUCCAGGCAGCCCAAAAGAACAGCGGUGCCAGAUACAAGAGCACGUUCCAGGCAUAUAAAACUAUCGCGCAAACGGAAGGCGCUCGCGGACUUUGGAAAGGAACUUUCCCAAACGUUGGUCGCAAUGCUAUCGUCAAUGUUUCCGAGAUCGUCUGCUACGACGUCAUAAAAGAAUCCAUAAUCACAAACAACCUCAUGACAGACAAUGUUCCAUGCCACUUUACCUCGGCUGUGAUUGCAGGAUUUUGCACAACUGUCUUCGCGUCCCCCGUGGAUGUCGUGAAAACUCGCUACAUGAAUUCAGCUCCAGGCACCUACAAAGGCGCCAUCGAUUGCGCCAUCCGCAUGUUUUCUCAAGAGGGAACCACUGCCUUUUACAAAGGAUUUACUCCCUCAUUCUACCGCUUGGUGAGCUGGAAUAUCGUUCUGUGGAUCACUUACGAGCAGUUCAAGAAAAUGAUCAGCAACUCUCGCCGCUCUGAUUGAGCCACAUUUCCGAGGAUUUCGCAAAAAUAUCUGACAUACAUGUUGUGCAUUAUUCUGUGUGAAGGUGAUACACACUACAUACCCUUAGACCUCAUAUUUAUACAUUUAUUUUAAAACAAUUUUACAAGGUAGAAAUGUACUUGGUCUCUCGCAUAAAAUAAAAUAUUUUGCUUAUAGUGUGCAUUCAUUUUGUAAAACAA